AAAGAGUGGGACAGAGAAGGACGAGGGAGAGAAAGAUGGAUAGGUGAAGAGGGAAAGAGGGAGAUAGAAAGAAACUCAAUAUGUGAAUAUGUGUUUGAGAGAGACCUACAGACAGACAGACAGAGAGACAGACAGACAGACAUACAGAAGGAGGUAAACGAGAAAAAGGAACAAGUUAAGGAAGGGGACGUAUGAGAGGUUAAGAACAGAGCAGAGGAUAUUACAGAGCUAAGUAGAAGUUUGCAGAGACAGUGAGAUAAAGAUAAUGUGAAUUGUGCGUCGGAAAAGAACACUAGUGAUAAGAUAUUUGCACCCUGUCGGAAAUCCACACAUAAGGAACAACGGGAGAAAUAACUUGGAAUGCAACCAAAUAUGAUAACAGAGACAUAAGUGCUGUGUUGAAAAAAACGGUGAAAAGCGAAAGAACAGGACACGAGCAAACAGCCUCCACCAGGAAGAGCUACUGUGUCCAGUCAUGUGGCUGUGUCUGGGACACCAUUGCCUCCAUUGCUCGCCAGUCCCUAACGCAGCGAACACACACUGCGUACCCCUACAGUAACUAACCCUUCCUCCUCCUCCUCCCUUAUACACCCUGCCCCCUUGCUCCCUCGCCCUGGUGUUCGUGUGGUGGAAGAAGGAUUCUCGUCCACUCAUUACUAAUCCACGUGCGGAAGUGUCCAGCGGAAGGGCCUGUAUAAACUGGGUCUUCGGAUCAGUGUUUGAGCAGAGAGCUUUGGUUUCGAGGGCCUUUUCGAGGAGCGUGGGAACACCUUUGACCGUACCCUCUUCCUCUCUCUCUUUCUCUCUUUCUCUUUUUCCAUUCUUUCUUCUUGUUUUUCCUUAUUUUCUAUUCUGUCUCUUGUUGUGACUAAGAGUCUAUUGUGUACGUUAUUCAUAUUAUAUUUUCUUUCAUUUUUGCGAAGAUAAGCUCGCUCUCGCUCCUUCUCUCCGUCUAUUUAUCCAUUUCUAAUUCUCAUUAAUUCCCUGUCCUUCCCCCUUUCUCUCUUGCACUUGACAGCACCUCCCUUGACACCAUCGCUGAAACCCAACCCCCUCUCUCUCUCUCUCUUUCUCACUCACUCUAUUCUUUAACCUCGUGUGUCCUUUUGUUUCCUUCACUCUUACCUCGUCUACAGUCGCUGUUGUUCUCACUGCGUCGCUCUCCAUCUAUUGCUUCCUCCCUCUCUUCUUCCUCUCCUUCCCCUCUUCUUCCGCUCCUUCCCCUCUUCAUCCACUCCUUUAUCGGGUGUAUCUCACGUCCCUAGGCAAGUGGCCGACUGUCGACGCCUCAAGAAUCGUCUCUCUGUAAAUAAUCAGACUCACCAUCACUCACCAUGAGUGGUAGUGGACUAACUGCAACUGGGCUGGUAGUGCUACUACUAGCCAUCAUAGGUAUAGGUGUUGGAUUAUAUUAUGCCUAUAUAUGCCUUAGAGCUCGACCACUCCGUCCCCGACAGCCCCCAGACUCGGAACACGGCCCCUUGAUAUCACCAGAUCCUGAUGUAAAUGGUAACCAUGAGGAUGUCCCUCUUGAGGCUUCAGCCCCUACUGAUGAAGAGGAUCCAGAAAAGGUCAAGAAAAUAAUAGAGGAACCCAACACUAAGAAGGACCCUACAGACCCACCUGCCUCUGAUAGCCCUAAAGACUCUAAAACUCCCAAUGGAUACCCUAAGGAAAAAGAUGAAGUCCUUGUGCCUGUGGAGGAAGUAGUUGCACCAGCAAACAUCUCUCAUGAAAAGGAGACCGUUCCAAUAGUCAAUCAUGUAGCUCCUGUAGGAUUAGUAGCUCCUGUGGGGCUGGUCAUACCUGCAAAGGCAGAACCACCAACUAAGGCCACACAACCUGAAGAGCCAGAGAACAAGGCAACUCCUAAGAAAUCACAGCCUGAAGCCAAGAAACCAGAGUCACAGCCUCCAGCAAGUGGAUCUCCACCUGCACCUGUCUAUGUCCCAGUUCCACUUGCUGUUAAGAAGCCUGUAACUGAUAGUGAUGAGGAAGAUGGCCUGCUGCUUCAGAAGUGUUCACCACAUGAUGACAGUCUUGAUCCAGAACAAUGUCCUCAGCUAACAGCUCUGCCUGAACAGGUAAAAACUACACCUGAGCCUGAUGCUGAAGCAUUGCCAGUUCAAAACCCUCCUUCUUCAGAGCCUUCUGCUCCUGAAGCUCCUGAAACUCCCUCUCCUGUGAAAGAAGCAGAAGCUUCUCCUCAAACUGAAGGACCUGAGAUUGUUGUUGUACCAAAGCCUGAUGCUGCUUAUGGUUGGAAAGAAAAUGUAAUUCCUGUGAAAAGAGCCCCAGAUUCUGUGCCUCCAGAAGUAGUAGAACAACCAGCUACUCCAUUGAUGAAAGAAGAUGUUGAAAAUUUGCAGCCUGUCCAUAAAGUAGAUGUCCCAAUAACAGUAGAUAUCGAGGAGUUGGAUGAUCCCGUUGAGCCAGUGUUUGAGGUGAAAGAUAUAUCUAGAGAUUUAAAGGCAUCACCACCCCCAAAGCCAGUCCGAGAGGAGAAACCAAUCCAAGAAUUGCCUCCUCCUGCCACUUCAAAAAAUGAUGAGCCAGUAGAAACACCACAAGGACUGAAGCCAAAAGAGAUCCCUGUAACUGUAACAUCUCUUCCUGAAGAGCCAUUAGAGUCAUCUGAUGAUUCUGUUGAAUAUCCACCAGUUGUUUACUUAGAAACCUGUCAGCCAACACAAAAUGCAAGACCUGCUUCUGAGUGUAGCGGGUCAUCAGAGGAGGCACUUCCACCUUACCCUGAUUCAACUCCUGAAAAGGAAACAACAGCAAAGAAUGGGAGUGAAAAGGCACAAGUGGAAGGUCCUACAGCAGCAAAGGAGGGAGAUGAAGGGCCUGAAAGAAAGACUAAACCUGAGGCAAUGGUAAUGCCUACGGUUGUCCCUACAAACAAACCUAUGGGUGAUGCACCCGAUGCCCCUCUAGAAGCUUAUAUACCUGAUUUGAAUGAAGAGUAUGGUCUAGAUCCUAUGAGUGCAGAUGACAAUUCCCUAGCUGUUAUUAAGGAAGAGGGGAGUACGUGUACUGAGUCUGAGACAGAUAGCAGUGAACCUGAAGUAACGGAAUAUUCAUUCUCUUCAGGACCAACAGCCCCAACUACCUCAGAUAUUCUUGCAGAUGAAGUAAGCUGUUCUAUGGAGCCUGAGGUGACCAAAUAUUCUGUUAUUUCUGAUGUAGAAGCAAGGAUACCUUCAGAGGAAUUGGAGAGCUCUGACACAGAAGUGAGUGAGACUGAAACUGAUUCAGUUGUACUCUCCACAACAGUGGAUCCUGAGGAAAAAACAAAUGCAUCCUUAGACCAAAAGCCUGGUAACCCAAAGCCAUGCCAGAGUGAACCAGAUUCCUCUACAAAUGAAGUACUUACAACUCAAAAUACUACACAUCAAGGAGACAGUGUCCCAGUAACCACCUCAGACUCGGCAUGCACUCAGUUAGCAGACUCAACCAAUGCUCCGUCUCAUGUAAGUUUGUCCAGCUCAGAUGUUUCAGAAGAUGAAUCUGACGGAGCAGAGGCAGAGCUUGAACUGAGGGAAGAAGUGGUUGAAAUACCAACAGCAUCACAUACUGAACCUUCUUCCGAGAGUGUGACAGCUUCUUCUUCUGACCUGCCAGCCUCUUCAUCAGUAGCAGAAGAAAGCACAGGUCAAGACACCAAGACCAAAAAUUCUCCAGAGAGACUGAGAACAGAAGAAAAGAAAAAUGGCACUCUUCAAAGUGUUCCCGAUUCAACUGAUAAUGAUUUCAUGUCAACCCCAUCAUCAUCACCUUGCAGUUCAGACUUGUCAGAUGAUGAAGUGACAACCUCUACCCCUAAAAAGUCUAAAAUUCCUAGAUUAGUAAGCCACCAGGAAUCAUGAGAAUGAAAUUUUGUAAGUAACCAAGACAUGUAUCUGUUGUCUUCAUAAUGUGAUAGAUCCAUAAUUAAGGCUGUGUUCAGGUGUGGAAUCCCUAUUUUGCUUUUUUUCUGUUUUGAUUUGGGAUAAUAAUAGUUCACAUGAGUUCCUAGGACUUUUAGGGUUUAAAGCCUUUCUUGUGCAAAUGUGUUUCAUAGGUAUUUAAUUGAUCAAAAUUGACUAUUAAAUCAGUGAUAAAGAAGAGUACUACUAAGAGUAAUGGUUUAAUGUUUCAGUUACCUGUCAAAAUUACACUACUAUGUAAAAUGUUACAAAAAUAUCUUACUGUAUAGAAGAUACAUAAGUAAAUAUGUCAGUCAAGCAGAACUAUAUUUUUUGAGGGUAUCAUUUGCAACUUAUAGAACAUCAUUUGAAAUUCGGAUAUGAAAGUGUGCCAAAUUAUAAACUAUAGAUCUGCUUCCCACAAGGAAUAAUCAUGGAAUUACCUAUUGGCAUGGUAAAUCUGCUGUUGUUAAUGGGUUCUCUGCUGUCUUGUUUCAACUAGCUGUUGGGGAUUGGCAUCCCUUAAAAACCAUCACGUUGUAGUGUUGGAUUUUAUGUCACAAGUUGUUUUGGAAUCUGUGUUCUUGCAUGUGUUCAAACACUGUACUGUACACUUUGUCAGUAGACAUAUAUAGAAAAGCAAUGGAAUGGGACAACAUUCUGCCAAAUGUUUAUAUAGUUGUAUAUUUAUAUAUAUAUGAAUGUUUAAUGUUGCUUCAGAAAUUGCAGAAAGUGGAUCUGGUUUUAGGGGAAAAGCUUUGUUGUAUACUCUGAACAAAAAAGUAAGAGUGAAUUUGAUGCAGUGAACUUGGAAAAAUUUAGUUAUCAUGUAUGGUUGUAUGUAUUCAUGUAUGUAUGUGAGUGGGGGAUCAAGCUUUUUGGUUCAUGGAAAUUGCCUGGCAUAAUAGUCUGUGUAUUCUCCAUAUACAUAUAUAUUUCCAUUGAUUGUAAGGGAGUGUAUCACCACUGAAUAUGUCUGGAGACUCAUCAGGUACCAAUAUAACUGGCCUUGAACUUACUGCCAUUGCCAUAGUUGUAGCACAUUCUUCAGUUUUGGGUCAUUUGAUUUUUAUAAAGUAGUCUGAACAAUUUAGUGUUCCAGUUUUGACAAGUUAUCUUUCCUUAUUGAUAUGAGAAAGUAUAGAUGCAAAUAGCCGUUAAAAUGAUACUCAAGUUCAAUCUAAUGCAAGUUUUAAUGUUAAGUAAAGAGGAUAUUUUGUACCUUAAUGACAAAUGUAGGAGGGUCUGAUUGAGAAUUUCAUGAUGCUAGGUAUGUAAUUAGUUUUAAUAUUAUAUUGUCAUAAGGAUUAUUUUUUCUUAUGUAGAUAUAUGUACUGUAAUGUCUAAAUGUAGAUUACUGGUACAUAUUGUGCAUUGUGGAAUCUCAUUUGCACCUUCUUUUAUGUAUACUUGUCUUUAGUUGUAUGAGAAGUGUAGAUAAAAAAUAAUGUCAAUUUAGUGAAGUGUGAGCCAGUUUAGCCUGAUGGCAAUUUCAUUGUUAUUACAAGAAUAACUUUUAGAUAUGCUGUAAAGGUACAGGACUAAUUUGUUCAAGCAUCAGUAUGUAGGAGGUACAGUUAUUGUUAAUGAAUUUUAUUAUUAUUAUUAUUUUUUUACAACCACUGUAUUGUAAAUUAUGAUCAUGCAGGAUUAGUAAUUGUUUUCUAUAAUAAAAUGAAUAUAUUCUAUAAACUUAUUAGAUGAAUAAAAAAAAGCAAGUACUUCAUAAUAUAUGUACAGAAAUUAUACCAAUAAGAACCAAAGCUGCUGCUAUUUUUCUUCUCAUAUUGUUUUUUGUAGUAGUAGUAAUUGCAGGUCCUGUGCUAAGCAAGCAUUCCAAUGGUUAGUGGUGCCUAUAAGUUUUUGAAGAAUGUGUUUAGGUAUGAUAUAUUCUUUUACACUAUAUCUUUAAUUUCUUUUUCUUUUAGUCUAUAUAUUUAUAACCUAGUUAAUUGUGCAAUAUACACACUUGUGCCUACUUUCCUGUCUUUUUCAAAGUGCCGAGACACCACCUCAUUUAUGCAUUUGACUACAGUUAACAGUGGUAAUGUUCCUGUACCUUCCUUUGCCGUCACACUCCAGAGUUUUUAUCUUUUUAUACAUACUACAUGUAACAUGCUAUAACUGUCUUGUUUUGUAUUGUUAUAUGAAUAUAGAUGUAGUAACUGCUGUGUAGCAAGAAUACAUCCACUUAAGUUGGGCAGGUGGUAUUGUAAGGUUUUUCUUGGAUAAAAUCAUUUUAGAUAGAUAUUGCUUCAUGCUUUUGUGCAUUACAGUGUUUUGCUAAAGUGAUAGCAUUAGGAAAAACAAUAUAAAAAGAGAAAUAUUUGAAGAAAAAAAAAAUGAAUAAAUAUCUGCAGGAAAUGUCAGUUUUUAUCCAGGAACAAUUUCUACUCCAACAUAUUUUGUAAUGUAUAAUCUGUGAAUGUGAACAGUAUUUUAUGUAAGGGUAAUUAGUUGGUUAGUGAUUAUAAGGCAAGUAAAAAAUGAUGUAGAAAAGUUUGUAUUGUUACACUGUCACAUUCUGUUAGAGUAUAAAUGCAAAUAUAUUAGAAUAUAGAUAAGAGAUAUUAAUAUGAACCAUGUUAAUGUUUGCAGUAAAGUGUGUUUUCACUGUUGAUGCAAGAGGAAGGAUCUUGCACAUGCCUACUAGAGAUUUUGCAAGUUGUAGAGUCUUCUUUUAAGUUGUUACCCCAAAUAGUUUUAUUAUAAGGCAAUGUAAGAAUCUUUAAAACCUCUGAGCAUUAAUGAUUACAAAUAUUGGUUGAAAAGAAAGAAAAAGGAAGCAUUCACAUUUCAUAUUGGACUUUUUACGUUAUUUUUGGUUUCUUGGCUAGUUUUAAGAAUAUAUGUUCCAUAAGUGAUUCUUACUUUAUUAUUGUUUGUAUUUGUAUUUGUUUUUCUUUUCAAUUUUCCAUAUUAAUUUUAUUUUAUAGCAGUCAUAUAGUUUAAUUUUUCAUUUAAAGGGGGGGGGGGGUUACCCAUAGAAAUAUGGUAACAUAUAACUCGUGUUAUUUUUAAGGAAUUAUUUAAUCUGUGUUUGAAAAGAAUAAUUUUUCCUUACAUUUUGGUUUAUGUGUUCUUAGGAUAAUAAGAAUGAAUCACUUACAUAUUGCCAUUGGAUUUUAUUAAUUUAUUUAUUUUUCUUGGUGAAUGAAGUAAGAGUAUAUUGUGUGUUUGUGUAGUUGAGAAGUAAAUUAAGGCUGCCCAGUUUUCUUGAAGGCCGGGCUAAGGUGAACCAACCCCGGUGAAGUGGUCGUACAUGUCCAGUAACAGAGUCAGUGCCGAUGAGGUCACUCUAGUUAAGAAAAAAAUUUAUUAUGAUUUAUUUUCUUUUUUUCUUUUCCAUAUUGUACCUUUCAAGGUAUAGACUUUAACAUUUGUUGUAGCAAAAACAAAUUUCCAAUCUGAAAGUCAGUUUUUAUUAUUAUUAUUGCUAUUCAUUUUAUGGUAUUUAAGAGGUGUCCUUAAAGCAAGUUUCUCUCUCUUUAAAUUGGACGAGUAUGGCUAGACAAUGCUGAAACCUUUCUGCACACACUGUCAGAUAAUUUAUUUUGCCCUCUGUAAUCAUCUGAUAGUGGCAGAUGGGGGAAAUAGGCUGAAAUAGGAUUAAGUUUUUAUGUUAUUUGUGUAUUGUUUGCUUUCUUUAAUUCACAAUCUUUUUAAAUGGACUGCUUACCUAGUUAUUAUUAGUAAGAGUAGUGGCAAAAAGACGUUUGUAGCCACAACUUGACCUAUAUUUUCCCUCUGUAUGUAUUUUUUGUUCUCUCUCCCACAUUUUUAUCUUUUUUCUUUGUAUUCUACAUAAUCUUUUAUAUGAUUGUUAUGUUCAUCCUUAUUACUUUGUAGAUUGUCCAUAUGAAAUUGGAGUUGCUUCCAGACUGAUGGUAAUAAACAGUAUAUUAGUUAACAUUAACCAGAUACAAACAAUAAAAAUGCUUGCUGUAUAUUCAAAUAAAAAAUGUAUAUUGAA